CCAACAUUUUAAUUAUUCACAUUUCUAUCUUCUUUCUUCUAUUCACAUUUCUCUCCUUCCUCCUCCUCCGCUCUCGCGCCUGUUUAAUAAGUCGGCGGAUUUUCUCCACCGUCCGAUGCACUUACUUUGACUCCCGCCCCGCCAAAAACCCUAACAAUUCAACGAUGGGACUUUGCUGCAGCAAGAACGUCGCCGUUUCCGGGGCCGACAACGAGCCCACCGCCGCCCAUCAGUCAAAACACUCGCCAGUAGCGCCCGUGCCGCCCAGCCCCAGACCCGGCGAUGAUCACUCCGGCAAGCACACUCCGGCUAACUCUUUCUCCGCGAGCCCGUGCCCCAGUCCGCUUCCAGCUGGAAUUGCCCCGUCGCCGGCCAGGACACCGGGUAGGAAGUUUCGGUGGCCUCUGCCUCCGCCGUCGCCGGCGAAGCCGAUCAUGGAGGCCAUUCGUCGGCGGCAGGGGCGCGAGGCGAAGCCAAAGGACGGGCCGAUACCGGAGGAGCAUCAGGGCGGCGAGGAAGGCGAGGGAGGAGAGAGAGCACUGGACAAGAGCUUUGGGUAUGGGAAGAACAUUGGGGCGAAGUUUGAGCUGGGGAAAAUGGUGGGUCGAGGCCAUUUUGGUCAUACUUGCUGGGCCAAGGGCAAGAAAGGAGAGCUCAAAGGACAGCCGGUCGCCGUCAAGAUCAUAGCCAAAGCGAAGAUGACAACCGCAAUAGCUAUUGAAGAUGUUCGUAGAGAGGUGAAAAUACUGAAAGCAUUAGCUGGACAUAAGAAUCUGGUCAGAUUUUACGAUGCGUUUGAGGAUGCCCAUAAUGUCUACAUUGUCAUGGAGUUGUGUGAAGGUGGAGAACUACUGGAUAGGAUUUUGUCGAGGGGUGGAAGAUACACAGAAGAGGACGCUAAAACUAUUGUUGUGCAAAUUUUAAGUGUUGUUUCCUUCUGUCAUCUCCAAGGUGUUGUACACCGUGAUCUAAAACCGGAGAAUUUUCUUUUCAAAACAAGAGAUGAGGAUGCUCCAUUGAAGGUUAUUGAUUUUGGUCUCUCUGACUUUACUAGGCCCGAUCAACGCCUCAAUGAUAUUGUUGGAAGUGCAUACUAUGUUGCACCUGAGGUGUUACAUAGAUCUUACAGUCUCGAAGCAGAUAUGUGGAGCAUUGGUGUCAUAACAUAUAUAUUGCUAUGUGGAAGUAGACCUUUCUGGGCACGAACUGAAUCUGGAAUCUUUCGUUCAGUGCUAAGAGCUGAUCCUAACUUUGAUGAUUCACCUUGGCCUUCAGUGUCCUCGGAAGCCAAAGAUUUUCUCAAAAGGCUUCUGAACAAGGACCACAGAAAAAGAAUGACUGCUGCCCAAGCUUUAUCUCACCCAUGGUUACGAGAUGAAAACCGUGAUGUGCCUUUAGAUAUUUUAAUCUACAAGUUGGUUAAGUCAUAUGUUCGGUCCUCACCUUUGAAGCGUGCAGCACUAAAGGCCCUCUCCAAAGCUAUAACAGAAGACGAGCUCUUCUACCUUAGGGCUCAAUUUAGACUCUUGGAUCCAAAACAAGGAUAUGUGUCCCUUGAUAAUUUCAAAACGGCCCUCAUGAGAAAUGCAACUGAUGCCAUGAAGGAGUCGAGGGUUCAUGACUUUAUAAAAUUGAUGGAACCACUCUCACACAAGAAAUUGGACUUCGAAGAAUUCUGCGUCGCUGCAAUAAGUACAUAUCAGCUAGAAGCUCAUGAAGGAUGGGAGAACAUUGCAAGUACGGCGUUUGAGUAUUUUGAAAACGAAGGAAACCGGGUCAUCACUGUUGAGGAGUUGGCACAGGAAAUGAAUCUGCUUCCUACAUCUUAUCAGUUACUCAAUGACUGGAUCCGAACUUCAGACCGAAAACUUUCCUUCCUUGGAUACACCAAAUUUUUGCAUGGUGUGACAGUACGUAGUUCCAAUACUAGACAUCGAUAAAUGUAACCCCGGAUACAUAAUUUUUUCGUCAAAGUUUCUACUGAAAGUGUCUCCGAUUCUUUUAGAACCUUGUCCGUCCCUUUGGCGAGUGAAGUGGUAUGGGUCUAUCUAUGUCAAUAAUUUGUGAGAAUAUAUGCAAAAGAAUUGUUCAAGACCCUUGAAAACGCAUCGACAUUUGUAAAACGUAAUCCGUAUAUUGUACCGGUUGUGAUCGCUGCGACGGUAGAGGCAAUGCAGUCGAAGAAAGCUUUUGUAUUUACAUUUGUGUGGGUUGUUUGUGCUCAUAUCUUUGAAGGUAAGGUUACAGAGUCUUGUAAAGACAUUCAAAUAUAAAUUUAGAAGGUUGCUUUGCACUGUAAUUUCAAA